AGGGAAUGUUUGCGCGGGCGCGGCGUAGUGCGCACAAUGUCAACCAUACGGCAGAUAGCUGUGUUCCUGUGUGUGGCGAGCGUCGCCCUCGCACUUCCGGUCCCUGACAGCGCGGGAUCUUUUCCCCUGCCUGCACCUGGCUUGUCUUAUGGUGGCAUACCGUACGGCAGCGUGAGCGGAGAUGUAGCGAGCUAUUUCAGACAAGCGCCAUCUGUGUUACAAGCUAAGCAACUCCAUGUCACAAACGUCAAUAGUUUCGCGCCCAUAGAACAGUAUUUAUAAUAGAUGGCGCUAGUAUAUUUAUGAUUGUAAAUAAAACAUUUUUUAUAA